ACCAGCGGUUGGAUCUGUGUAAGCUGAAUCCAUCAGACAGUGAUGCAGUACGGGGACAGAUCGUAGUGAGCCUCCAGACCAGAGAUGGUUUGGGCAGCGGAGGACCCGUGGUCGACUGUAGAGGACUGUUAGAGAAUGAGGGGCCUGUGUUUGAGAGCUGUUUCAGUGAGGAGCCGCUGCCAUACUCAGACCCCACGGGCGCCGCUGGGGCGGGACCUGUCCCGGAUUCACCCAACCAGGAGAACCGGCUCCAGGCUCAGCGAAUCAGAAGCCAGGAUUCCCAAAGACACACCCACACCCCUCAGAACCGACCACAUGGCAACCAAUCACCUGAUCUGCCUGAGGGAUACGAGCAGCGCACCACGGUGCAGGGACAGGUGUAUUUUCUUCACACACAGACGGGAGUCAGCACCUGGCAUGACCCACGCAUACCCAGGGACCUGGCCAGUGUGAGCUGUGAGGAGUUGGGUCCGCUGCCGGCCGGCUGGGAGGUGAGGAGCACGGUGUCGGGACGGAUCUACUUUGUGGAUCACAACAACCGAACAACGCAGUUCACUGACCCCCGGCUACACACCAUCAUCAGCCAACACUCCCAGGUGAAGGAUUCGUCUCAGCCACUGGGUGGGGGAGGCGGGAGAGAGAUGGAGGUGGGGGAGGAGGGAGGAGAAGGGGAGGUGACACUGCGUUAUGAGAGAGACCUGGUCCACAAACUGAAGCUGCUCCGACACGAGCUGUCACUACAGCAACCACAGGCCGGACACUGUCGCAUAGAGGUCUCACGAGACGAGAUCUUUGAGGAGUCUUAUCGUCAGAUCAUGAAGAUGAGACCCAAGGAUCUGAAGAAACGACUGAUGGUGAAGUUUAGAGGAGAGGAAGGACUGGACUACGGAGGAGUGGCAAGGGAGUGGCUGUACCUGCUGUGCCAUGAGAUGUUGAACCCGUACUACGGCCUGUUCCAGUACUCAACAGACAACAUUUACACACUACAGAUCAACCCUGACUCCUCUAUCAACCCUGACCACCUGUCGUAUUUCCACUUUGUGGGUCGUGUGAUGGGCCUGGCAGUGUUCCAUAGUCACUAUAUCAACGGAGGCUUCACCCUGCCCUUCUACAAGCAGCUGCUGGGGAAACCUAUUAUGCUACAAGACCUGGAGACCACUGAUCCUGAACUUCACAAGAGUCUGGUCUGGAUACUGGAGAAUGACAUCUCGUCGGUUCUAGAUCAUACGUUCUGUCGUGGAACACAGUGCCUUCGGGAAGUUCCUUCAACAUGA